GGGAAGUAAAUGAUCACAGUGCAGAGCCAGAAGGAGUCAUUUCAGUAGAUAUACUGACAAUGUCCCGUUUUAAAAGAGCUGAUGAGGUGGACUCUCUGGCGGGCUUCAGGGCGGGAAAGACCGAACCGACCGUUCCUUCCGCUCUGCUGAAGGCGGCCCGCAAAAGUGGCCAGCUCAACCUGUCCGGCCGAGGGUUGAUAGAAGUCCCUCAGAAUGUGUAUCAUCUAAAUAUCGACACACCAGAGGAAGCCCACCAGAAUGUGUCCUUUGGAGCUUCAGAUCGUUGGUGGGAACAAACUGACCUCACCAAACUGCUGCUUUCAUCCAAUCAGCUGACACAACUCUCUGAUGACAUCAGACUUCUGGCUGGACUCACUACACUUGAUCUCCAUGACAACCAGCUGAGCAGUUUACCUGGUGCUUUGGGAGAACUGCAGGCGCUCCAGCAAUUGCAGCUUAGUCAUAACAAGCUGAGAUCACUGCCAGUGGAGCUGUGUACUCUAAAGAACCUCCGUAGCCUCACAGUCCAGCAGAACCUGCUGGAGAGCCUUCCAGAAGACCUGGGCCAGCUUGAGAACCUGACUGAGCUGGAACUGUCCAACAACCAGCUGACAGGUCUGCCUUCCAGUCUGGGCCGGCUCACCUGUCUGCAGAAACUACACCUGUGUCACAAUAAGCUGAGCUGUCUGCCUGAUGCCCUGACCCAACUCACAAAUGUUAAGCUGUUGGACUGCAGCAAUAACCAGCUGACUGACAUUCCUGCCGGCCUAUCAGAAAUGCUUGCUCUGGAGCAGCUGUACCUCAGACACAACAAGCUCCGCCUCCUCCCACAGCUCCUUGCACCUGCGCUAAAGGAGUUGUAUGUUGGAAACAACCACAUUGAGCAGUUGGAGGCGGAUCAGCUGGCUAGCCUGACAUUCAUCUCUAUUCUAGAACUCAGAGACAACAAGAUCAAAGCCCUCCCUGAUCAGAUCACCUUACUGAGCAUGCUCACACGGCUUGAUCUCACCAACAAUGACAUUACCACUCUUCCAGCAUCUCUCAGCCUGCUGCCAAAUCUGAAGAUGCUGCUGUUGGAGGGAAACCCUCUGCGAGGAAUCAGGAGAGACCUGCUCACUAAAGGAACCAAUGAGCUUCUGAAAUAUUUAAAAGGAAGAAUUAAAGAGGAGCCUGACAGAGCAGAUGAAGGACCUACAGCCAUGACGUUACCCAGCCAGGCCAGGAUCAAUGUACAUCACAUUAAGACUCUCAAGUUAUUGGAUUAUAGUGAGAAGAAGGCAGAUCAUAUUCCAGAUGAGCUGUUUGAUGCUGCAGCAGAUCAAGCUGUUACCACUGUUAACUUCAGCAAGAACCAGCUGACCUUCAUACCAGCCAGACUGAUGGACUUCCAGUCUUCACUAUCAGAUAUCCAGCUGGGCUUCAACAAACUGACCUGCUGUCCUCCCGACAUCUGCAAGUUACUGCAGCUGACACAUAUAGACCUCAGGAAUAACCAGCUGAGUGAUUUACCCUCUGAAAUGGAGAACUUGACUAAACUACGCUCCGUUAUCCUCAGUUGUAACAGGUUCAAGUCCUUCCCUGAAGUCCUCUAUCAGAUAGUUUCCUUGGAGACAGUGUUGCUUGGUAACAACCAAGUGGGCGGGUUGGACCCUAGUCAUCUAAUGAAGUUGGUUCAUCUGUCAACACUGGACCUGUCAAACAAUGACCUGCUGAACAUUCCCCCUGAACUGGGCCUGUGUACCAGCCUCAGGUGUCUCAGUCUGGAGGGGAAUCCUUUCCGCACACCCAGAGCAGCCAUUGUGGCCAAAGGAACGGAUGCAGUGUUGGAGUACCUCCGUGGCCGCAUACCUACAUGAGCUCUGCUACCAUAAUCAUCACAAGUAUUUUUUCAGUGUGCAAAUCCUAAUUUUUUUUUUUACUAAUUUUGACACUUAAAUGCAUCAGCCUGCAUUGCAGUGAUGUGAUUUGUGUUUGAUGGAUAUUUGGAAUUUCUGAAUGAGAUAAAUGUUGCUGGACAAUCCUGUUCAAGCUACAUGUGUGACAGAAAAGAACCAAUGUCAAAGCCAC